AGGAAGGAGUGUCACAUAUGCCAACACAGGAAUCCCUAAGAUGAUCUUCAAAUUGAGCUUCUCAACUUCUUCAAAACACUCCAUUUUUGGGUCUGUGAGUCUAAAUGGGGUUGGACCAGAGAGAGGCUUAGCGGGAGACAGAAGGCGUGGUAGUUAGGGUAGACUAGAGGGAUGAAAGUGAGGGGCCAAUUGUGCCGCGGGAACAGAUUUCCUCGAUAGCUGAGGAGAUGAGGUUUCAUGGGGGCAGGUGGAGCAGCGGGAGUGUUUGGCCGGCAGGAAAAUCCACUCUCUCGAGAGCUUUCUGGGGAAUAUUUUUUUAAUGGCUGCAGACAACAGUAAUUGUGAUACACGUGUGCAAAGAAGAGUUUAAUGUGACGUCGUUUGGAGAAGAUUAAAAUUAAUGCACGCUUUAAUUGACAUGACAAUCCACACGAAAGAAAGGCCGCGGUGCGUCACAUACUAAACAAAAUGGCAGCCGAAGUAAACUAUGAGAGGUCUUAGGCAGAGAGAGAGAUAGAGAGAAACAAUGCACAACUGCACAAACGUUGUAUCUUGUGUUGUCUACUGAGUCUCCUCUCCCUAUCAGUCAAAUCUUAUAUAACUCUCUCUAUUACCCUUUACUGAUUUCAGGGCCUCUCUUCAAAUUCACACGAAGGCUCCAUUCCACCUGUUCCCUCCACCUCUCCAACUCCUUUACUGGACAAAAUUUUCCUGUUUUCUCCAGAAAUUUUGAUUUUUUUUCUCUCUUGUCUGUCCUUUUCCUGCGAAAAAUAUUGGUUUGUUUUUUUUUUUCCAAGUUAAGGCAAUGAGAACUGCUAUAAAGGUGACUGGAUGAGAGAUUUUCCUCUUUUUUUUUGACUUUUAUCGCUUGUUCCGUCUUGUUUGACUUCAUGUUCAAGACUUAGUUUUGCCCUUCUCUCUGUCUCUCCUUUUUUUGGCCAAGUUUCUUGCCUUUCUCGAGUAUGGAGUGUUUUGAGUUCGUGGGUUGUGUUCUAAUUUCCAUAGUGGAAUUAUAAUUUCGUGCUUCUCUCAAACAUGAGUGUUCUGGUGGGAAGACUUUUCUUCUCGGUUCUGUGAUUGACCGACUGGUUUUUGGGAUAUUUCAGACUGGGUGCUAUUCUCCACUAAAAUCUUUAACUUGGAUUGAAUUUUUUUGGAAAAAGGUUCCUUCCUAUGUGAAAAGGGACCAAUUGUUUUUGGUGCAGGAAAAGGAUUGGGUUUAAUUGAUUGAAGUGAAGCUGAAAUGGAAGGUGAUUUAUUUUCUGGCAUAAGCAAUGGAACCCAAGUAGAUAGCAAGGUUUUGCAAACAGUUCAAAAGAGUUUUAUGCAAGUCCAGGACAUUCUAGAUCAAAACAGGUUGCUGAUCAAUGAAAUAAACCAAAAUCAUGAAUCCCAGAUUCCUGAUAACUUGACUCGAAAUGUGGGGUUGAUUAGAGAAUUAAACAAUAACAUCAGACGGGUUGUUGAUCUUUAUGCCGAUCUUUCCAGCAAUUUCACCAGGUCAAUAGAAGCUUCAUCAGAAGGGGAAUCGAGUGAGAUUUUGAGGUCCAGUGGAAAGGGAAAUCAAAAGAGGAUUAGAUCCGGGUAAUUGAUCCAACCAAGUUUUCAUACAAAUUCUGUAAUUUCUUCAUGGUACAAUAAGAAGAGUAUUAAAUAUUGAAGAAAAAGAACUUGAUGAGCGAUGUGGUUUGAAGCUUUAAGCUUCAUUAUAAUUUUCACCAUAUCCACUGGGAUGACAAUUUAACAAAUUUGUAUAACUCUGUUGUCUUUUUGAAUCAAAUAUUACCCUUUUUUUUCUA